GUUAGGAAAUACCUUAAUAGCACACAAUGCAAUUCUUGAGAUUGCUAAUCAGUAAUCUAAUCCUGGCAAGCGUUGUCUUCGGAGGCAACGUAACCAACGUCAAUGUAUAUGAAUUCUGCUCUGCGGUAAUGUCUGACAACGAAGGCAUUUCCAAUAACAAGCCUUGUGACCCUUCGGUUUGCAAGGGUGAAACUGGUGAAAUGGGUCCUGUUGGCCUGCCCGGACUGAAUGGGCUCCCUGGACAGAAAGGUGAGUCAGGAAAAAACUGUGGAUCAGGAAGACAGGAACCCGAAUUAUCGUGUGGAAGCAGACGAGAUAAAUUGAUGUACCGGGCGAUGGCAAAAAGAAUGAGAAAAUUAGAAGAAAAAUUGAAAAAACAGAUGCAGUUGAUUCCCCCACUUCUUUAUUGCUCCAUGGGGAUGAAAAAUUUUGAGAUUCCUAGUACUUCUAUCACGGCGUCUUCUCACUACGAUAUCGCCCAUGCUCCUUAUUUUGGACGACUCGAUGCAAUCGACGAAAGGAACCUUCUGGGAAGUACUGAUAGAAGAAAUCCCAUUGGCGCAUGGUGUCCACACGGGACGUCAGACAGCCAAAGAUGGAUUCAGAUAGACCUGGAAAGGCCAAAGUCGGUAGGGGGCGUAGUGACUCAAGGACGACCCAACACUAAAUGGAAGGAUGAGCAUUGGGUAAAGACAUACAAAAUGUCUUGUGGAAAUACGACAACCAACAUGAAAUUCAUCCAACAAAGUGGCGAGACUAAGAUAUUUAUGGGAAACAACGACAAGAACACAAAAGUGAUCAAUAAGUUUCCUGAGCCAGUAACAUGUCGUUAUGUUCGUUUAUACGUAUUAACUUGGCAUAUGCAGCCCUGCUUGAGAAUGGAUCUAAUAAAAGGAGAAUGCCACGACUUGCAUAUGCAAAUAUUACGUUAUGAACCCAAGUAGAUGAAGAAAAAUAACUGAAACGUUAUAAAUCCUUUGAAGAAGGAUUUAAAAUAAAUAAGAUGUGCAUGGGAUGACUUCAUUGUUCGUGUCUAAAUAUAAAAUCUGAAAUACACUAAUACCUGUACUUCAAUAUUAAUGUACAGCAAAUAAAAUUCACAAAGCUU